AUGGAUGCCGUACUAAUCGCACGCCAGGCGGCUCCAACCGCCACGACAUUCCCGUUCCCGUUCCAACACACCAAGAUGGAUUUAGACUGGGCUGUUUUCAUGUACAUCUUCGUUUUCUGCGUCUUCGUCGGAACGAUACUGCUUGGUCGAAUAAUCUCCUGCUGCACGGAACGGAGCAACAAGGACGCUUUUGUGGUGUAA